CACUGGCCAUCAGCAACAGAGCAGUUGGUGUGGAUAUGUGGUGGGCGAGGGAGGUGGUGGUGGAAGGUUGAGGAGGAGGCGGAGGAUAUUCUCGACCGUGCUCAUACUCUGUUUGUCACCGUUUCUGGUGCCAUAAACUUCUCUCGUCCAUGGAUUGAAGUCUCCCAGAGUUCUGUUCUUGCAAUCUCGGACAAUAACACCGUCGACCCAGCGCGAUCGGUUUGAUGAUGGAUUGGAACGCCAACUGUUCGUUACUGUGGGAUUGGGAUAACCACGAGCCCUCAGGUGGGAGUUACAAGUUGUCCGCCGCCGCAGGCGGCGGCGGCGGCGGCGGCGCUUCUUCUGGCUCAGAUUUGGGGAAUGGCUCCUCAUCCAAGAGCACCAUCUCUGCUUCCACUGCUUCCUCCAAGACCGCGAAGAGUUCCGAUUGGGAAGCGAACCCUAAGAACUGUGACAAGAACGUAAUUUUGCUGGAGAAUGGUUCUUUUCCAAUCGCGGCGCAGGUGGCCGGGUUGGAGGAAUCACAGAUAGGGCUAAAACUUGGUAAAAGAACCUACUUUGAGAAUGUUUCAGCCGAGAACACAGGGAAGAACCCGCCGUCAGCUUUGGAUUCUGUUUCUCCACCUGGUUCCCUCGUCAAGAAGCCAAAGCUCACUCAUCAGAUCGCACAGAGCGCUUAUUGCCAGGUUCAAGGUUGUAGCUUUGAUCUUAGCGGAGCCAAAGAUUAUCACCGGAAGCACAGGGUAUGUGAAGCCCAUUCUAAAUGCCCCAAGGUCGUCGUCGGUGGUCAGGAGCGCCGGUUCUGUCAGCAAUGCAGCAGGUUCCAUGAUUUGUCGGAGUUUGAUCAGAAAAAGAGAAGCUGCCGUCGGCGUUUGUCUGAUCACAAUGCGCGGCGUCGCAAGCCUCGCCCAAACAUAAUUUCUUUCAGCUCAACUCACUCUUCAUUUUAUGCUGCUUUUGAUCACGGGAGAACAACAUUAGGCGCAACUAUUGAAGAGCAUCAUAACUUCAAGUUCACACAAAUGAGAGAACAAUGGAUAAAACCAAUCAAAGAAGUCAACAUAGAUGGGCAGCUGCAUUUGCCGAACACUCAGUUCCUAAAUGCCUUUCCAUCCUUGUACCAUGAGGGUGACAAGCUCUUGCCACUUCAAGGCACUGCAGCUGAAGUACUCAAUCAAGGUUCAGAAGCAUCUGCAGGAGCUUCGAAUUUGGAUGGAGCACCAGGUGUUCGGCGUGCUCUCUCUCUUCUGUCAGCCACUUCUUGGGUUUCUCCUGACCACAGACAAACUUCUUCCAUUGUCGGCUUUGUGGAUGCUAGCAUACCAUACAUCCCUUAAGCAUAUUGCAAACACUCCGAGCCGUGUGCGGGUAAACUCUACCUGAACCAUGCCAAAUGCUACCUUUUACCAUCCACAGUAAGCGUCUUCAGCUGCAAAAGGGCCCAUUACAAGCAUGCUCCAUUUGAUUCAGAUCACAUUUAUUCAUGUCACGAACUCGAAUGAUUCAAAUCAGAGGUUGGUAAAGUUUUCCGAUCGUGAUUGCUUGUUCAUGCUGCCAUCAAUUUCACAACUCAGUUAACUUUUGAAUGCUAGAACUUGGAUCAAGCUUCUACUGCUGCAAUUGAAUGCUAGAACUCAGUUGGGUUUUUUUCUCAGUUGAUGUGGAAAUAGGAAUUUGGACUGAAGGAGACGCUGUGUUUUGUAAUUUAGACUGAAAUUUGUGUGCCUCAUCAGGCAAUUCGUGCUCAGUUUUGGUCAUUUUAAAGCAUUUUUUAGUAUUAAUUAUCUUUGCUUUUUUGACAAAUCAAAA